AUGACGUUUGCUGUCGAGAAUGCGUUUGCCCUCGCAAUCUUGGGAGAGCACAAUCCAGAAACUACGACUACCAAGGACCUCAUCUUGAGAACAGACUUGGCCUUUUGGAGGGUUAGCAGCCGUCUCCUCGAGGGCAACACGACCCUCCCCAACGCUAACGCUGACAUUUUUGAGGGAGUCUUCACUCUUCCCAUGCUCGGUAAACGUGCCACCUCGAGCCUCGAUUGGAACACUCUGGUCGCGACCGUCUUGGAAGUCUAUCUCAGCAUCCGCGAACGCCUAAUCCGUGGCGAAUGCAUCCUCCCCUCUCCUCAAAGCACCAUGAGAGCCAGUAGAAUCGAUCCAUCUGUUUCCAUCCUGUUUGGUACUGGACCGACGUUUCCUGCUGCUGAAUCAGACGUCGGCGAGUUUCCAGAUAAUAUCCUCAACGGUGAGUACCUAUGA